AUAAUUAAAUAGUAAUAUAACAUGAAUCUUACUGGCAUUUCGUCCAUACUUAUUAUUAUUAAUUUAUUAAUUGUUUGUAUAAAAUGUGAAUUUUCAUUUAUGUCAAUGUUAUCAUCUGGAUUUGAUAAAAUCAGUAAUACAGUAAGAAAUGUACAAUGUAAUUUUGGAGAAUGUUGUACAACGGAAUAUAUUUCUCCUGACAUUGAUAAGUUAGAUGAUAAUCUAAAUAAAGAACUUUAUGGACAAGAAAUUGCUCAUCAUAUAAUUAUAAAUGCUCUACGUGGACAUUUAACAUCAGCUAACCCUCCAAAAGCUCUAAGUAUGAGCUUCCAUGGUCCACCAGGCACUGGUAAAACUUAUAUAAGUCAAAUGAUUGCUAAGUUUUUUUAUAAAAAGGGCGAUCAAAGUAAAUUUUACCACUUUUUUAAUGGCCGUAAUGAUUUUCCUCUGCAAGAAAAAGUAAAUGAAUAUAAGGAAGAAUUAUAUAAAAUUAUUAUUAAUAGUUUACAAAAAUGUGAAAGAUCAAUGUUUGUAUUUGAUGAAGUGGAUAAAAUGCCAGAAGGUUUACUAAAUGUUCUUGUACCAUUUUUGGACUACAAUACAUGGAUCAAAUCAUGGAGAUUUACAAGCACUUCUAUAGAUACAAGGAAAGCAAUUUACAUAUUUUUAUCAAAUACAGGCAGUUCACGAAUUACUCAACGUUUAUUAACACUUUGGGAGGAAGGUAAACAGAGAAGAACAACUAAACUUCAAGAUUUUGAAAAUUUAAUAAGUGUUGGGGCAUUUAAUGAAAAGGGUGGCUUUUAUCAUAGUGAUACAAUAGACUCUAGUGUUAUAGAUCAUUAUGUACCUUUUUUACCACUUGAAGAAGUACAUGUGAAGAAGUGUUUAAGAAAAGCUUUCAUAAACAGAGGAGUACAUCCUACUAAUGAAAUGAUAGAAGAAGGAUUAUCAUAUGUGAUUUUUGGACCUCCUCCACAUAAUAUCUAUGCAACUACUGGCUGCAAAAGACUAGAACAAAAAGUAGCUGCUAUUAUAUAUGCUAAUAAAAAGCACAGAAUAGAAUUUUAAAUAUAGAUACGUAUUAUUUUUUUUUUGUCUUAAUGUCUCAAUAGGAUCUGAAUUUUAUUGGUUAUUCUCUUAUUGGCACAAUCAGAAAAUGUGUAAUAGUUAAAAAAAAUAAUACAAUUAAUUUGUUACAAUAAUACACAUAAUGAUUAUUUAUAUAUUUAUGUAUGUGUAUAUUUAUAUUUAAGAAAUAGCUAAAAUUUUUAUUAUCGACAGUACAGAAUUACAAUAUAUACAAUUGAGUCUUGGCAAUUGACUUCAAAAUAUGGUCAUAAAGGCGAAAGCUGUCCAGAAUUAUAAACAUUUGGCGAUAAAUUUUUUGUAUGAUUCUAAUAUAUAAGAAUAUUUAGACAACUUUAAUCUUUAUGACUUUUCUAAACUUUAUUCGUACUGUUAUAUUAUACUGAAAAUAAUUUUUUUGAUCUAUACAAGUAGCUAAACAUUUGUUUUUAUGCGUUCGGUUUCCGUAUAUGAAUAUGUACUUUCUAUUUAUAUGAUUGUGAUAGAGUACAACCUCAAAUAAAGAGAACAAAAU